AUGAGCGAUAAUGCUCAUGGAGAGCCGAGAGGUUCUCGAGAAGACCACCGGCAUGAGGCUGUGGCAGACGAGGAGGCCCAGCUUUUGCUGCCUACCGAGCAAUUCGAAUUUGAGGAAAACGCUGAGGCUCAACGCCUUGCACCGCGCCACCCUGUCAAGUUUCUCGAGAGAAUCGCAGGACCGGAUCCUCCCCGGAUUCAAAGCAUCAAGCCAUUCUUUCUAUCUGCCCAACGAUAUCCUAUCAACAUUGUUGAUCGCUAUUUCGCAACUCUCACACGCAAGAUCCUUUUGUUGAUCGCGUUCUUGCUCCUCUGGAUAAUUGCAUAUUCUAUUCCCUUAUAUGCUGGAAAUCACGCAGUUAAGGAUGCCCACAAUGACUACGUAGUCAACUUGGACUGCGUCGAUACCCUUUGGAAGCGCAAGAACCUGUGUGGACUUGAUGGACUAGACUGCCGCCCAUUUUUCAACACCUCAUUUUCCUUUCGCUGCCCAGCAAACUGCGCCGGGGUCCAAGUGUUGAAUCCACGCGCUGUUGGCGGACUAGACGUCAACUACCGACCAUUGGUUAUAGGCGACAAGGUCUAUCGCGCCGACUCUUUCAUCUGUGGUUCCGCUAUUCAUGCUGGGAUCGUUACUGACAGCAGGGGAGGCUGUGGUAGACUCAGCAGAUCUGGCGAGCAGAAGAGCUUCCUGGGUGUCGAGAGAAACAGGAUCGUAUCGAUACCUUUCGACUCCAACUUUCCAUCUUCGUUCACCUUUUCAUCCGAGUCAGACAUUACUUGCAGCAAGGACCCGCGCCAACUCUUGCUCUACAUUUCACUCUACUUCACGGCCAUCUUUUCGAUAUUCACAACAUCGCCGGCCUUGCAGUUUUUCGUCAUCUUCAUUGCUAUUUUUUCUCAGGUUGGCCUAGCAUCUGAUCCCCCAACAGCCUCUCAUUUCAAUAUUUCUGUCCUUCCAGAUCACAUCUCCUCCCUCGCUGGAAGAUUGCUUCCAGCACUAUUCUGCGCCACCAUCAUUUACAAGACUUGUGUUUCAAGGGCUUUAUCUGGCCUGGAAGCGCAGUUUGAAAAGGUCUUGUUCUGGCUAGGAGGUUUCUGGCUUGGAGCCCUCUCCAACUACACAUUGGAUUGGAUUCCCAUCAAUCGACUCACGGCACAUGAUUUGGAGCAACAACCUGGAGCCAAGGUGGCACUCGCCGUCAUCAUUUGCAUCCUUGUAUCAAUCGUCUGUCAGCAAGUAUACGUCUUUUGGUUGGAGAGACGCAUGUUACCGUAUCUCGCUCUUUAUGGACUCUUCAUUCUUGGCAUCGUCUUCUUUGUCGCCAUUCCGGAACUCGACCUUCGUAUUCACCACUACAUCUUGGCCCUCCUGCUACUCCCCGGUACGAGCGUCCAGACUCGAUCCUCACUCCUAUAUCAAGGCAUACUCUUAGGCCUUUUCGUCAACGGGAUCGCUCGAUGGGGGUUUGAUUCUGUUCUGCAGACACCUGCCGAUCUGCGUCAGGAUGGUUCCUUUAAUUCUUUCGUCCCUACAAUAGACACGCCAGUCAUUGCAUCAACCCCGGAAGGAUUCAACAUUUCAUUCUCCUGGCAGGGACCACCAACGCCCCUAUUUAAUGGCAUUAGUGUGCUCGUCAACGACGUCGAGCGAUACCGCCGUUUCUUCCCCGAGACCACCUCCGCCUACAACUUCUCGUGGACACGAGCCACAGACUUUGGACUUCCAGAAUACUUUCGUUUUGCUUAUAUGCGAGACAGAAUGACGUUGGAUUACACAAAAGCAGGUACCUGGUUUGCAAACGGGACUUGGAGUAUGCCAGAACCAGACAGCGUGUAG